AUGGUAGUAUUCACAUGUGAUCGCUGCAAUGAGUCUCUAAAGAAGCCUAAAGUUCAAUAUCAUGGUUGUCGACAGACAACAUUCACUUGUGUCGAUUGUUUUGUCACUUUUACCUGGGAGAAUUUUAAUGUUCACAACAAGUGCAUCACUGAGCAGCAACGUUAUGGAGGAGCGAAUUUUGUGGCCAAGGAUAAUAAGGUAGGCUAUGGCGGUGUUUGGGUAUAGGAAUCUGACGUUUUGGAUAGGAUUGGUGUCAUUGGGUUGACGAAAUGAUGCCUUUGGUGACAAUAUCUUUAAAAAAAUUUAAAAAGUAUUGUUUAGGGCGAACAAAAACAAAUGAAAUGGGCUGAACAAGUUGGAGCAGCGGCCGAAUUCGCUACUGGAAUGACGAAAAAGCGAUUGGAGAAGAUGUCAGGUCAAGACAAUGUGCCAAGGAAACGAAAACCUUUCAUUAACUUUGCCCAAAACAACUUUGGCAUUAAGGAAUUUGAGGCUGAAAAGCUUUGGGAUGAGCUUCAGGUAAGAAUAUUUUGUUGACUAUUUGAAGAUGAUGAACACUUGGGUAGAAGACAGCAUUGACUAUUUAUGGCACUUACUAUAAUAUAGGUUGAAUUUUUUUGUUAUAAUAUAGACUACUAAUUGUUUGGUACUACUACAAGUUUUAGCGAGGUAUAACUAGGCUUAAAAAGAGGCUUAUGAAUUUGAUUCGGGGUCGGAUUCAAGUCAAUUACUUUGUCUACUCCAGUUUUGGUUAAAGUUCACCUUUUGGUAGGAGGCAGUUUGGCUUUUCUUUUAUAAUUCCUUUUUAGGACUAGAUUUACUUAUAUUUUUUCAUAAUUUUUUUUCUAAAAUUGUUAUUAUAGGAAGCUUUGGCCAAACUGGAGGAUAAAAAUAAAGUAGCAGAAGAAGAAAUAUCAAAAGUCGAAGAAACAGAUAUCGGAAAGGUCAAUCAUGAAAGUGGCCAAACUGAGGUUGGUUUUUAUUUUUUUAAACUUUAAUUUAAAAGAUUAGUAUUGUAUUAAUUGGGGAGAAAAAAGUUUGUAGAAUUUAUUGACUUACGCAAGUUUUUAACUCAUAAAUAUGACAUUUUUACUUGUUUUUCUUUAAAAUUUGGUUUUUUAGGUAACAGCAACGAAGGAAACAAAAAAAGAAAAGAAGAGGAAACAAAGGGAAGCGGAAGAAGCGUAUGUCCAAGAUGAAACGGUACCAGAAGUGACUGCAAUUAAGAAGAAAAAGAAGAAACAAAAAGAAGAUGAAGAAGGAAAUUGA